AUGUUGCCCGUACGGUCUCUGCUCAACCCAACAUCGCCAGCUCAAUUGGCUCAGCACUACCGAGCGAGCCCGAGUCUCUCCCCGGCUUGGACAUCUUCCACUGAUCUCCCUCCAUCAAGAGAUGGCCCGCUUCUGUCGAACUCAGCAGCUAUCCCAUCCCCGAGUAACUACGCUUGGUUGAAUACCAAAGGCGAGGUCAAAUUCCCCCCUUACGAGCACCACCUGGACGACAGCGCCCGUCGAGAAGUUCAAAAGUUUCGAGUCUCGCCAUUGGGCGAGAUCCAGAACAGUCCCGGCCACAUUCCCUACAACAGCGGCAAAAAGGACUUUUACCAGAAGACGGGCCGCGAGAGCUUUGAAGUAUUCCAAUACACCUUUGAGGUUGCCGGUUCGGAUAAGAAGUUUACCGUUAUGUGGGACUACAACGUUGGACUGGUCCGGAUGACCCCUUUCUUCAAGGCUUGUCAAUACAGCAAGACCCAACCAUCCAAAAUGCUCGGCAUGAACCGCGGACUGAAGGAGAUUACGCACAGCAUUACCGGAGGCUCGAUCCCCGCACAAGGGUACUGGAUGCCAUAUAGCUGUGCGAAAGCCGUCUGUGCUACAUUCUGCUACCAGAUAUCCGGUGCACUUAUACCCAUCUUCGGACCCGACUUUCCAAGCCUCUGCAUACCUCCCAGCUCUCCCAACUUCGGCUGCAUGACCAUCGACCCAGACAUCGUCGCCCGAGCGAUCCAGGAUGCCGAGAGGGACCGCGAGAAGAACAUGGAGGAGCGCGGGCACCCCCGGCAGUCCAGCGUCGUUCGCGACUUGUCGACGGCCAGUUCCCACGGCAGCAGACACUCUCGCGGACGCUCGAGAGGCUCCAUGGACGCGUAUCCGGGCAGCAACAGCCUGGAAUACCGAGUUAUUCAAGACAGAAUGCUGGCUCCCAGCUACAGGGGCGGGUACGUCAGGUACUCCAUGGGCCCAGACAUGAGUCCCGAGUCCGCCUACACCUACCAGAGCCAGCUCCCGCCGCCGCCACCGAUGCCGACGAGCCACCCCUGGACGCCGCCCGAGUACAAGAGCAAAGUGCACUUUGGCGACAACGACCCCUUCAGGACCGCGGACCCGUGGCUCUCGGCCCUGCCCUCGGGGACCUCCAUGCCCUACCACCGACACCACCCCUACCGCCGCGAGCUGCCGACCCCGCCGCCGGUAUCAGAACAGCUACGGCAACGAGUACAACAACAACAAAUAGGACUGGCACAGCGACUCCAACAACAAGAAACCGCCGAUCGUACUUGGCGACCCCCUCCACCGACAGUCGAGCCGACGAGGCCGGCGAGGGAACCGACGCCGGGCCAGUCUGCCGCCAACCCGAUGGCGAUGGUCGAUGCCGCGAGACGGGUCAACGCGUUCCUGCAGCAGCGGCAGCCCACUGGCGAUGACGAGGACGCCGCAGAACUGCUCUUGGGUCUGGGCGUUGCCUACUCCAGCCCGCCAGCGAUGGAGAGAGCGUCUAGUAUCAGCAGGUGCAGCAAGGGCAAGGCGGUGGAGACGCAGCCGAGGCGCAGGAGCAAGAGGACACGAUCGUCGCAGUUCUGA